CUGCUCCAUUUGCAUAAUAAUCUCGUUAAUGGAGCCUGGCCUGCGGGAGAGCCGGGCUGGAGACGCCACCCCCUCCCCGCCCCGCUGCCUCCCUCCGGCCCCGCCGCUCCGCCAGCCGCGGCGCGGGGCGCGCAGCCGGACGGGCAGCGCCGGGCAGCCCGCACGGAUCCCACGAGCCCGAGCAGGUGAGACCCCGAGCAUCCCGGGAGGCGACCCUCCGAGCAUUCCGGGAGCAUCCCCGAAGUGUCUCGGCGAGCGAGCGGAGCUUCCUGACUCACCUGGGCACCCUUCACCAACUCCCUGCAGUGGGCAUGCCUCCAGCAUGAACUGUGGGGUGCUUGAGCUUGUCCCCCACCUGCCUUGAGCCCCUCCACACCUGAGCUGCCCACGAGGACCCCCAUCCUUGGCCAUGGAGAAGACUUACUCAUUGACAGCCCACUACGACGAGUUUCAGGAGGUGAAGUAUGUGAGCAAGUACCAGAGUGGCACCCUGCCCAAUGGCUUUGCCCUCCAGCUGGGCACUGGGGCUAAGAAACGUCGCGGGGGGCUGCCACGCUGGAGCCGCCGGGAGGUCUGCCUGCUCUCAGGGCUGGUGUUUGCUGCGGGGCUCUGCGUCAUCUUGACAUGCAUGUUGGUCCUCAAGUACCUGGCGUCUGAAAGGGACAGCUACUGCCUGGAGGGGUGCCAGGAGAAGAAGGCCUUCCUGCGAGCGUCCCGCUUCCUUAGUGCCAACAUGGAUGCCACCAUUGACCCCUGCCAGGACUUCUACUCCUUCGCCUGUGGUGGCUGGCUCCGACGACAUGGUAUCCCUGAGGACAAGCUGGUGUAUGGCACCAUCGGGGCCAUUGCUGAGCAGAAUGAGGCCAAGCUGCAGGCGCUGCUCAGUCGCCCCGUGCGGCGCCGAGCCCCUGGCUCAGCUGAGAGGAAGGUCAAGGACUUUUUCCGCUCGUGCCUGGACCGAACUGAGAUUGACCGGCUGGGCCCACGGCCUAUGCUGGAGGUGAUUGGGGAGUGUGGUGGCUGGGAUGCCACCCCGGGCCGUGGGGACCUCAACGAGCUGCUCUACAAGACGCAGGGGGUUUACAGUGCUGCCGUGCUCUUCUCCCUCACCGUCAGCCUGGAUGAGAGGAACACUUCCCGCUACGUCAUCCGGAUUGACCAGGAUGGGCUGACACUGCCCGAACGGACUCUCUACCUGGGGCAGGAUGAAGAGAGUGAGAAGAUCCUGGCUGCAUACCGGGUGUUCAUGGAACGGCUGCUCACCCUCCUGGGGGCUGAGCACGUGGAACAGAAGGCCCAGGAGAUCCUGCAGCUGGAGCAGCAUCUUGCCAAUAUCACAGUGUCUGAAUACGAUGACAUGCGGAGGGAUGUCAGCGGUAUGUACCACAAAGUGACGCUGGGUGAGCUGCAGCGCAUCACCCCUACACUCAAGUGGAAGCGCUUGCUGGACCGCAUCUUCCAUGACAACUUCUCAGAGGAGGAGGAGGUGGUGCUGCUGGCCACCGACUACAUGCACAAGGUGUCUGACCUCAUCCGCGUGACACCUAGCAGGAUCCUUCACAACUACAUGCUGUGGCGCAUCGUGGUGGUGCUGAGUGAGCACCUCUCCACUCCCUUCCGUGAUGCCAUCCACGAGCUCUCCAAGGAGAUGGAGGGCAAUGAGAAGCAGCUUGAGCCAGGCAAGAUCUGCCUGAGCCAGGCCAACAAGCACUUCGGCAUGGCCCUGGGUGCCCUCUUCGUUGAGGAGCACUUCUCCUCUGCCAGCAAGGCCAAGGUGCAGCAGCUGGUAGAGGACAUCAAAUACAUCUUGGACCAGCGCCUGGAUGAGCUGGACUGGAUGGAUGAGGAGACACGGAGAGCAGCCAGGGCCAAGCUCCGGUACAUGAUGGUGAUGAUUGGGUACCCCGAUUUCCUGCUGAAGCCAGAGGCCAUCGACAAGGAGUAUGAGUUCGAGGUGGAUGAGAAGACCUACUUCAAGAAUAUCCUCAACAGCAUUGCCUUCGGCAUCAGGCUCUCAGUGAAGAAGAUCCGGCAGGAGGUGGACAAGUCAGCGUGGCUGCUGCCUCCCCAGGCACUGAACGCCUACUACCUGCCCAACAAGAACCAGAUGGUGUUCCCUGCUGGCAUCCUGCAGCCCACCCUGUACGACCCUGAGUUCCCACAGUCUCUGAACUAUGGUGGGAUUGGUACCAUAAUUGGGCAUGAGUUGACCCAUGGCUACGAUGACUGGGGGGGACAGUAUGACCGGCAUGGGAACCUGGUACACUGGUGGACGGAGCGGUCGUACAGUAAGUUCCUGAAGAAGGCGCAGUGUAUCGUCAACCUCUACGAUAACUUCACUGUCUACAACCAGCGGGUGAAUGGCAAACACACAUUGGGGGAGAACAUUGCUGACAUGGGGGGGCUUAAACUCGCCUACUAUGCCUACCAGAAGUGGGUGAGGGAGCAUGGCCCCGAGCAUCCCCUGCACCACCUGAAAUACACCCAUGACCAGCUUUUCUUCAUCGCCUUUGCGCAGAACUGGUGCAUCAAGCGGCGAUCCCAGUCCAUCUACCUACAGGUGCUGACGGACAAGCACGCCCCGGAGCACUACAGGGUCCUGGGCAGCGUCUCGCAAUUUGAGGAGUUUGGACGGGUUUUCCACUGCCCCAAGAACUCGCCUAUGAACCCAGCGCACAAGUGCUCGGUGUGGUGAGGCUGAUCCCCCUCGGCAGGCUGGCAUCCCCCAGUCCCCAUCCCUGCCCAUGUGUUACUUUGUGCCCACCCCACCUUUGUGCCCAUCUCCCCCUCCUACUCUCCAGGCAAAGGGGGCACCCCUGGGUGACAUGAAGAGGGUAACCCCCCAAAGACGGACACUCACAAGAGGGGUGGACGCAGCGGGGAGCCAGUUGGGGUGGCAUGAGGUGCUGCUCAGAAGCAGCUGCCUCCUGACCCAUCCACUCACUCCCUUCCUUUCCCCUGCACUGUGAAUUGUGGGAGGGGAGUCCCCAUGGAGAAAUCAAGCAAUGCUGGACACCCCUCAAGCACCCAUGUACCCCCUCUUCUGUCCAUCCACCCCAAACCUUUCAUCCAGCCCUACCGCAGUCAGGCCAUUGCUGGCUGGGGCAGGGAGGGUGAACUAGAAAUGCUGUGGGGCUGUCUUGUGCCAAAAGUACACCCUGACCAGUGCCCUUCCCAGCACUCCUCAUACCAGUCCCAUCCUGUCCCCACAUCAGCCUGGCCAGCAAUGGGCACAGACAGCAGGGCCUGGGGCUGGGUGAUGCCAACCUGCUCCGGGAGUGCGGGGACUUGGAUGCCCACUGUAUUUUUCAUUGCUGUUUCUGGUCAAUAAAGCAUUGGAUAUGCCAGGCGGGUGC